CAAAAAUGGCAGAGGAAAGAGAAGUUGUGCGAGUCACGUACAGAGAUUUGGAAGAAAUCGCACACAGAAACAAACUAGCUGCAUCGACAAAAGCGAAAGAAGUUGACAGUUCGUCCAAGGAUAGUCAGAAGAAGAAGACAAAGCGCCCUGAGAGGAGCAUUUACAGGCCGGGAGUAUCGCGACUGAGGAAAGUCUCCAGCUCACAAGAUGAGAGUGAUUGUAAAGGUGGAGAAGACCCCAGUGACAUGCCCUCCCCCACCUCCAUUAAGACAUGCUCAGAGGAGGAGGUAGUAGGCGUAUGUACCAGAGGUGUCCAGGAUCUCCAGCUACGGGCAGAAGAGGAUACCCCAAGCCUAGGUCUGGACCAAAAGAAAUCAGGUGCAGAUGCCAGAGGUAAAAGGAGACGGCCCGAUAUCCAGAUUUAUGUUCCUAAAGGCAAGCUACAGGAGAAAGAUUCUGAGGAUGUGCCAUCAGAGAUUGCACAUGAUGAUGCCGACAGUGAAUUCUCUCCCGAUCCACCUGAACAGAGCGAAGAGGAAGUCUUGUCUCCUGCUGGCUCGCACAGGCGGAAAGUCAACAUCAUCAAAGCCAAAGAGCGGAAGAUGUGCAUCACAGUGGUGAAUGAGGAUCUUAGUUCCCCUAAGUCUGCGGAACCGGGCACAGGGUUCCUGAAGACUAUGAUCUUUGAGAGAGGAGGAUCGGGGCUUCCUAGUGGGGACAGCAGCAAUGUUUGUCUGGGGGAUUACAACCAGGGAGUGUCUGAUUCCUUCUCUAAAGAGACCAGCUAUACAUCCGGGAGAGAGGAGAAGUGGACGGAUAAGUCUGGCAGAGGGAGUAAAACAGUUGAGAGGCCCGCAUUGGACGGAAGCUCUAUGGAGAAUUCUACAGAACUGAGUGAUUCCCAGAGUAAGCAAUGCCAGGACUCUCCGGCAGGAAAAUCCAAGAGAUACUCGCUGGCAAAACGAAAGCAGAGGAACGGAAAUGGCAGCAAUGGGAAUGGGACUGGGGAAAAUGAUGUGGCGGACAAAUACGCAGCAGGCAAGAACAAUGAAACAGAUGCUGAAUCUGACCUCCAGUUGGAUGAGAUCGAUGCUCUGGCUCCCAGGGUGCUGGACUGGAGUGAGGAAGUGGAGCGAGAACUAGGCAAUGAAGAUGAGGAUGUUCUCAAGGAAUCUAACAUUAAGUCCUCUUCAGAAAAAGUACGUGGAAAAUCCAGAAACGCUCAGCGAGGCUCAGGGAAAAAGGGAGACUCCAGCAGAGCUGCAAACAGGCGAGAGCUAUCAGGAAAACAAACCGCCAAAGAAAUCCCAGAAAGGCAGCACAAUCCCAGUGUACAUGCAGAAAAGCCAUCAAGAGGCUCGACAAAUCGACGAUCUAGCUUUGAUAGCCUCACCAGAAAUCCAAGGGAUGGUAGUCGGCAUCUUCGUGGUGACAGCGAUGCUGAAAGUGACAUUACUGAUCAUCAGGGAAAACGGAAGAACAGACGACGACGUGAAAGGAAAAGGACAAGGUCAGGCCCAGGCCAUAGCAGCAAGGAGACAGGGGGAUUGAAAGUGACGGUUGAUCGCAACGAGAGACAGGUGGAAGUCGAGGGCCGCAAUUAUCACAAGCGUUUUGACCAGGACAUUCACAGCAGCAGAGAGCAUAUCUCAUCCGACUCAGAAUUCGUCCAUUCUCCGAAAGGAGGUGGAAUCUUGCAUAUAUCCAUGGCAACAGAUGUUCAUGGCAACAGAGGCGGGCACAGUCACAGGCAUGAGAGAAGCAAUGAUGAACGUCAGAGAUCUCACGAACACCUAUCGUCCAGGGGAGAUAAGAGAGCCCCAAGAACUGCCAGGGAAGGCUCAAGGGGUGGGAGUGGGCAGAGGACUUUGUUUGACCCAAGUAAUCCACUAAAACCCAUAAUCAUUCAGUCAGCUGGGCCAAAGCUGCAUAUGAAAGACAGUGGGCAGAGUUCUCCACACAUGCCCGUCCCCUAUGAGUCUUACGGCCAACCCUACCCCAUGGGGCCUCCGUGCCCAAGUUAUGGCAGAGGCUACCCAGAAGCCCAGUAUCCCCAUUAUCCCAUGGGUAACCCUGACCAGUAUUACUACUCGUACCCGGGUAUGUUUGAGGAGAGCAGCCACUGCAGGGAUGAUACAUAUGCUAAGGACCCUUACUAUCACAGUGGGUAUGACCCGGACUAUGUGAUUGGAGGCAUGUCCCGAUCUCAGUGUACAGCUAUGGCAGAUCUCAUCCUGAGGGACGCUGGACCGUUGGAUUGUCAGCUCUCCAAUAUCUUGUCAAGACGAAUCCAUAGUGAUGGCGAACACCUCUUAGACAAACUCAGACAUGAUCUGAAGACAAAGUAUGAGCAGGUGAUCCUGCUGGAUCCUGACCUCUCAAAUAAACACAAUGUGGAACAGCUGCUGUGGAAGAAUGUCUACUACCAAGUGAUAGAGAUCUACAGGCGAAGGCUGGGCGAUGAAGAGGAUGAGGACACCAGGACAGACCUGCUCACCGUCCUGGAUGAGGCCACAGUAUUUUAUGAGAGCCUCCUGCAGAAGUUACAGCACACCUACAGCUUCCGUCUGGACCUGUUCCUGGACAUGGCCUGUCCUGCCCCAGAGAACCUGAGCCGAGCAGUCAAACUGGCCUUACUGAGUGCCCAGCGCACCAUGAUCUGCUUGGGUGACAUUGCCCGCUACAGGGAACAGGCGCUGGGCAAGAUGAACUAUGGCAAGGCCAGGAGCUGGUAUAUGAAAGCCCAGCAGAUUGCCCCUAAAAACGGACGCCCAUACAAUCAGCUGGCUAUCUUGGCUCUCUAUACGAAGAGAAAGCUGGAUGCGGUGUAUUAUUACAUGAGGAGCCUGGCCGCCAGCAAUCCAUUCCUCACCGCCAGAGAGAGUCUCAUGUCACUAUUUGAUGAGGCCAGGAAGAAGGCAGAGGCAACAGAACAGAAGCGCCACGAGGAGAAGGAGAAGUUGAGGAAGUGGCGGAGACGGCGGGAGAAGGAGGGUCCUCGAAUAGAGAUCUGGAUCUCUGCUGACGGACACAGCGAGGCGGGGCAGGUGGAAGAGAACUACGAGGAGGACCUGAACCAGAUGACCCCUGUGGAGCUUAACAAAAGGUUGUCCCUGAGUUUCUUGAAUGCCCAUGGAAAAUUGUUCACCAAAAUUGGGAUGGAGAGAUUUGAUGAGGUGUGUGGGUUACUGAUGCGGGAGUUCCAGGCUGUCCUCGCCCGAAGGCCAACUGUUAUUUCUAACAACAGACUGGUACAGCUCAUGGCCAUGAAUAUGUUUGCUGUGGACAAUACAGCUCUGAAAGGUGAGAGAAUUGACGCAAACUGCCGUUCACUAUUACAAGAGCAUGCUGUACAGCAGGGCCUGGAGAUGUUUGCCCUGCUGGCAUCACAAUUCGCCACCUUGCUGAGCACCCACAUAGAAACCAAGGACUACCCCAGCCGGCUGUUCAACGAUGACCUCCAUCAACUGGUGUCCAGUAUCAAGGUGUGGAGUGACUGGAUGCUGUGUCACCCCACCCUCUGGAACCCUGAACCAUCUGUCAACGAUCCAGAGACAAGUAUCAAGAUUGACGUCUGGAAGGAAGUGGCUGAGAUGUUCAAUGUGCUGAAAGAGGUGGACAUCUCUCAUGUGAAGUUGUACAAAGACAAGAAAGAAGGCUGUGACCCUGUGAUACUGGAGGAAGACAACGCCCUGGCUGGUUUUGUACCCCUCCUGAGUGCACCCUCAGAGCCUGUGUUUGUCCACGCCACUGUGGAGAAGCAUAUUGCCAAGGACUGUUUGAGAAUCCAGAAACUUCAGACGUUUGCGGAUUACCUGUGUGGUAUUGAGCCUCCGAUGCUGGCAUACAAUGUGGAGACGAGACAGUAUUACUCAGUGGCGCCCUCUGUAGAGUACAGUGAGCAAGAGACCGAGUCAAAAGACAGAGAUGAGCCUGAUGAUGACGAUGUGAUCAUUGAAAGUGAGGAAGAGAUAGAGACUGGGGAGGAAGGGGAACACAGAGUGAGAGAGCUGAGGGCCAAGAAACAGGAGCUAGAGAGACGGGUGCAGGAGCAAGUUAAACAGAAGGAGAAUGUAGAGGCUAUCUUGGAGAAGCACCGGCAUCGUGCCAUAGAGCUGCAGGUCUGCCCAGUGUUCCUUGUUCCAGACACCAACUGCUUCAUAAACUACCUGACUGCACUCAAGAAACUUGUGAAUAGUAAAAAGUUCACCCUUGUUGUGCCUUUGGUCGUUAUCAAUGAGCUAGAUGGGUUGACAAAAGGGGGCCUCCGAGGUCACCCCAACGAUGUGGCUCAUCAGCAACACAUGACAUUUGUGAGUAACCAUGCCAAACAGGCUGUUCAGCUGCUAGAGAAUGAGUUCGAGAAACGAAACCCCCACCUCAAGGCCCUCACUUCAAAAGGCUCUACUUUGGAGACCAUAUCAUUCCGCAGUGAAGAAACUGAUGGCAGUGGUGUCAAUGAUGACCUGAUCUUGUCCUGUUGUCUUCAUUACUGUAAAGAUGUAGCCAGAGACUUCAUGCCCAAAUCUAGAGACACUCCAAUCAGGUUACAGAGGGAUGUGGUUUUGUUGACUGAUGACCGCAAUCUGCGUCUUAAGGCACACACCAGAAAUGUACCAGUCAAGGACAUCCCUUCCUUUCUCAAGUGGGCUAACAUCACCUGAAGUAAGCCUCUCAGCUGGCUGGAUGAGUCAUGAUGAAAAUUGGGAGGAGCUAGAAUCACCUGACCAAACUGAGGAGGAGGAGGAGGAGGAGCAUGUGGUGGAGUAGUGGGCAGGUCUGCAAUGACCUGUCAUCCGUCAAUCAUCAUUGAUGUCUUGCUCAUGGGGUGUGUGCCCUGAUCAGAUUUACUGCUCACGUUUGCAAGGAAUUCCAUAUUGAUGGCGGAGGAGGUUCUGUCAAGGAGAGCAGAUGAGUUAAUUUACAUGUUUCAGAUUUGAAUGGAAAAGUGUUUGGUUGAGUCUGAAUCAUGUUACAACCACACAGUCGUUGUUUAACGUUACUAACCCUGCAGAUUGGAAGUUCAGGUGGAAGUGGUACAAUAACAACAGUGGGUUAGCGCUGGCUGACUUGCAGAAUUGUGCUCCUGUAAGAAUGGAAGACUAAUACCAUUCGGGCACUGUCCUUGUAGUGGAGUACAUCCGACUUAGACACUGUCUUGAAUAGUGAAAUACAUUUGACUUAGGCACUGUCCUGAACAGUGGAGUACAUUUGACGUAGACACUGUCCUGCACAGUGGAGUACAUUUAACUCCAGCACACAGACAGGUAAUAGACAAACAUUAGUCUUUCAAACUGACAAAAGCGCCUGCAACUCCUGGGAGGGGCUCAGUACUUUAUAGUCACAUGGCUGACCCCACGAAUACCCCCUGGAGAAGCAGCAUGGGUACCUGAUGGCUCAGAACCACAUCUGUUUGCCAUCAGCGUUUGGGACUGGCUUCUAUCCAGACAUCAGCCAACUGAAACCAACAUGUGUCCAAGAAUUGAACUGGUCAUUGCUGUUAAAAACCAAGUCAUGACAAUGAUUUCAACUGGUCAUUCCUCAAUAUUGUUGAAGGCAGGAUGGCAGUCAAUGGCAGUGACUGUUACCAUUUCACAUAAGCUGGUGAAUUCUACCAUCAGUUGGGACUACAGGUAAAAAAAAAGUGUGUAAAUUUGCGAGUUUAUCUCGGCCUGAUGCAAACGACUAUGGCACGUGAGAGCACAAGUGUAGUCAAAUCAUGACUUGAAGGCUUAAAAAAUGUAUCAGUGAAUGUCAUGCAAUGCCUCUGAAAUUGGAAUUUUGUGGCUGUUGUUUACAGCAACCACAGAGCUCAUAAGAAAAGUCUUGGAGUAGUGCAUUGUCAUAUACUUUAGAUGAUGACGUUGAGAAGUUUACAGUGACCAUGGAACUUCACAGAGUAGUGCUGAAAUAGAACUUUGAAAGGAACUACAGAAAUGUUUGCGUUCAGGAACUACAGAAAUGUUUGCAUUCAGGAACUACAGGUGUUCAUAACUGUGAUACUUGCAGCCGCUAUUCAGAAUAAUUCGGACUGAUUGUGAACUGUGUAGAUGUGCAGAAUGCUUGUUUUUGUUUGGUCUGGAUUUUUGGUGCAGUGUGUCGUGAUAGUUUUGUAGACAUUUUAGAAUUUGCAGACAACAUUUCACAUGUGGUAAACUCCGGGAGAGUUAACUUCACUACAACACACAUUUAGAUCUUUGUUUAAAUUUUAAAAAUUUGUGUAGAAGUUUCACAAAUAUUACAUAUUCAAAUGACCAGCCCUUUUUGGGUAUAUGAAUAUAUUAAACUGCCUGUAGAUUUCACAUCAGUGGACUGAGAAACUGAGAACACCACAAGCGACUAGAAUAGGGGAGUUUCGAGUUCAAACUUUUAUCGGUGAAGGUAAAAAAGUCCUAUUGUAACAUGCGACCUGUCAGAAAAUGUUGGCCAACUAUUUUUGCUCACAUUUUCCAUACAGGUAACACGGACGCCUGAAAAACAUUUUACAAAAGGUUAUUUCGAGUACAUAUAUGCUGGAGAAAGUCACAUGAUACAGUAGAACUGUUUUUACCUUUAGCGACAAUAGAGUUUGAACUGGAAACUUUGCUAUUGGCCUUGAGUGGUAUACCUGUAAAGUUAUCAGUUGAAGUGAUAAAUGUAUUAUUGGUCCCCAUUUCCUGCGGAUCCAAGCAGGUGAACAUGUACUAGUAUCAGAUAGAACUUCAAUGGUUAUCUUAAAAUUUUUUAUUUAUACAGUUUGUAAAAAUGGUGACCAAUAAGGCUUGAGUAAUGACUUAAAGUACAUGUACAAUGAUUUAUAAUGUUUAGGUGAGAAAUCCAGUGCUACACUGUGUUAGCUGUAACUGUAACAAAAACAGGAAGUUCCUCAGUGGCAACUAAGUUACAAGGGCUCUUGUAUUACCAUCACUCCCAAGUGUUGAGAAUGAUUUAAUGAGAAAUGAAGCAUUGAGGCAUGCACAUGAAAAAUUUAUGACAUGAUUGGCUUAGACAAGUUUAACAAAGCUUUUGACACAUAGUGUUUGGUGAGGAGCCCUUGAUGUACCAAAUCGUGCAGAUUCUAAGUUCAUGGCAGAUGGAAUAAUGGAAAAUCAUUUGUUCAUCACCAAAACCUGUGAAUCAUGCACCUAAGGCUUUAGGGCAAGCGUUGUGCAUCCUAUUGAACUGAUUUAUAUGCAUGCUGAAAAUGUACAUAUAUAGUGUAGACAGUUUUUAUCCCUAUUUUGAACUUACACCUUUUUUUUUCUUGUGUGGUUGUACAUGAAGGUCAUAUGACAGCUGGGAUAUACAUGUUUCUGUUUAUGAAAGGGUUUACUUCACAUGUUUGUGCUGUAUGAUACCAGUUUGUACAUGGAUAUAUUUCUUUGCUGGCUGUUUGGUGAAGAAUAUUACAUCACAGUGUAGACUUUUUUAUUCUCUUUUUGUCUCUUUUAUUUAUUUAAUGGUUUUUUUCAGUUGAGUUUAGAAUGAUUGGAAACUUCCAAAAGGUGCUGUAAGAGACUGGUUAUAGAGCCAGAUUGUUUCAUUUUGAAAUUUCAAGAUGUAAGAUGUAAUUGUUAGUGUGGAUUGAUUUCAAGAAACUUGUUAUUUCAUGUCAUUUUAACAUUUAGCGCUUCAGCUAGGUGUUUGCUUCGACUAGGAAGUGUUGGAUUAGUGCUGAGGUUAAGUCAUCAGCUCGCUUUCCAUUGGAAGGAUCUGUGCACAAAUUUAUCAAAACAUUUGUCGAUUUUCAUAGAUGCUGGUAUAUGAUUUUCUAACCUAAAGAAAUAAACUUUUCUGUUUCAUUGUGAACUGUUAUUUCUUGAUUUGUUUCUGCAAUGUUUGAUUUUGUAAGAUAUUUUGUAGGUUUUUGUGUGUUGGAGAGAUUUCUAAAUGUGUAAUGUUACCAAUUUCCUUUAUGAUCAUAUUCCAUUGCCUCAGCACGAGUUGAAAUGUUAAAGUUUGUACAUGUGCAUUCUUAAUUUAUUGAAUAAUGAGGUUGAGAUGUAUUCAUCACGCUUAUAUCUGUAAAUUAAAUGUGGAAAUUAGUACAGUAAUCGCAUUGGCAAUUUAUGCUGUAAUUAAUUAGCUUUCAUUUCUAUAUAUAUGAUUAAUUAACUUAAAUUUUUCUACUGAGGUUUGUCAUAUUGUGACUGUUCUUGUAUGUUAGUGACUGGUACUUCUUAUGUCUGAGUCAGCACUCAAAUGCCCUGAGGCAUGUGAAGGCUAAUUCUAAUGACCACAGUCUGUUUGCAGUUGUGCUUGCUAAUCCUGGCCAAUGUUAGUGAUUUUUCUUAGAUGUUAUACCUGUAAAAUUUCCCCCAAACUGGACAUUUUCAGGAAACAUUUGUUAAAAAAAUCAGAUUUUUUAAAAAGUUUUUUUUUUAAAGUUAACUUGUAGAUAAGUUUAUGUUAAAUGGGGCUCUAUGAUCUUUUCACAGAGCUGUGACUAACACAAAUUCCCACUUGUUUUCUAACAUAACCUUAGAUAUUUGAGAUGCUGUUUAGUAUAGUAUCUGCCAUUAACACACCACAGAUAACGUUAUGGAAUAUGGUCAGUCGAACUAUACGGUGCCCAGUUUCUGUAGCAGCUUUUCUGAACAGGACAUGAGUUCAAAAUUUUUGUAUUUCAUGACAUACAUGUAGUAUAUCAACUCUGCCUUCGUUUCAACAUUUCAACUUUGCGGUCUUGCGAGUGUCGUAGAUGUUUUAGAUGUUGACACUUCUUUUUAUUUAUCAAUGCUUUGUGUAAAAGAAAACGACAACCUCUCCUACAUCGUUUGCAUGAAAUAUAAUGCUUAUUCAACAAAGUCUUCAGACCACAUUUACUCUGAUCUUUAAAGUCAAAUCCCCCCGAUCAGGAAGCUGUCUUAGUCGUAUUAAGUCAGACUUAGUCUGUCUUAGCUUCACAACCGCUCUAAAAUUGUUACUUAGAAAUUUUUAUUUUAAUACCUAGAGUUGCCAUGACCACGACUUUCUUGACAAAAUUGAAAAUAAGUACACAAGUAAGUUUGGGAAUAAUGUUACAUGCUAAGACUAUUAAAGUCAGGCUUAAGUUUAAGAUAACUUGGUGAUCCUUGGGCCCAGGCUUUAACGUUGUUCUGUACAACCAGUGCGUUUUGGAAAUUAUAUAUUUAGCGGAUUGGAUUUUGACUACCUGCUGUUAGAGGAAAAAACUACCUGAAAUUAAGGUCAUCUUCACAAGUGUAUAUUAAAACUGUACCUGUAAAAAUGUCCCUCCCUUUUUUUUUUUUUAAAGUUUUAAACGGAGUGAAAUGUUUGAAUCUUCUGGCGUAGGUAAAGGCUAAGCCCAUUGACGUCUGACUUCAUGAUCAUCUUUGACGUUUAUUCACGAGAUGCGUAUUCCGGCAUACAGAAUAGCUAUUUUCACAUUGAAUUGGUCGCUUGUGGUUGCGAAAGAUCUGACGUCAUUGUAUUUGUCGUUAUGCUAAAACCUACUAAAGAAGACUUAUAUUUUAAAGCAUUUUGAGGGGUUAAAUUGUUAUAAAGCAAGUGAACAUACCUGCACGCAUAGUUUUGGUUGGUUCAUUUAAUUAUGGCAUCUCGUACAACCCCCUGUAAUGCUGAUGCGCACAAGGUCUAGAUUUUUACUUUCACUGAUCAAAGAUUGUGUUACUGUCUGUGAUGUUUGUCAACACAUCACCUAUCAUCUGAAUAAGUUUAAUAAUCGAAAAAGUGCUAAAUUACAGAUCUGCCGUAAAAAAUACUACCUAAAAUCGGAGGAGUUUUGCCAAUACACAUGUACUAAUGACUUUUUCAGUUGAAAUUGUACUUCAGGUAGACAGUUUGUUGUUUUAUUGGUGACGUUUUGUUCAGAGAAAACUCAUGUACUACAUACAUGUAUAAUAAUAAUAAAAGUUGUUUGUUG